AUUUCUCUAUGACAUAACAUGUCACGAUGUAACCUCAAACUUUCAAACGUUAAACUACCUGCUCCAAAGCUUUCAAGAUUAUCUAUUUACGAUAUUAAUUCUUGCAAUAUUUAAGGAAAUUGUGUUUACUACUAGAUAUUAUACUAUUUGGUUACACAUUGUUUGAAUAGGGUAUAGUGUAUAGUGGGAAUAGAACACUAAUAUAAUUUUUCUAUACUUAUUGUAAAAUCUUGUGGAUUUUUAAAACCUUAGAAAUAUAUCAAAUUAUAAUGCAGACGGUAAUUCGCUUAAAACGACCUUUGGAAGAGUCGCCCUCUGCUGCUUUGAUUUUGAAUUGCAGUAAAAAAUUAAAACUUGAACAUCCUGAUGCCAUUACGGAAUCUAUAUCAACUGUUUUCAAGUUCUCUGCAACUAGGAGUUCCACGGAUGAGGAUAUAACUAAGCAGACAACAGGCAUAAAAAAUAAUUUGAAAGAGCAAUUCUCACAGAACUAUAAGUCUAGUAAUGUAGAUAUAACUAACAAAUUACGUGUUGAAACACAAGAACAUUCUAAAAAUGAAAGAUAUAAAAUUGUUAAGUUUUUAAGAUCUAAUUCAAAUGAAGAUAAUCCCGAUGAAUGUAUAACUGUAUUUGAUGUUGAACUGAAUGAAGAAAUUGAAAAAAGGGCACCUAAUCAAAAGUUUGUUUAUGAUCUCUAUUAUACAGAUGCCAAAUUCCUAGAAACAGUAGAUGAUUAUGAUAUAAGUGUUGUUCCAACAACUGGAUUAUUUUUUUCUGAUGAUGUUUACAUCUCUGAUGCAGAGAGUGAUGAUUCAAAUGCGGAAAACCAUUAUACGAAUGAUUAUCCCAAUGAAUCUGAUGUAGAAAGUAUAAAUGAAGAUGAUAUCCUUGAAGCCAUGGAAAAUUGUCAUAUUCAUGAUAAUUCAUCUUCUGAUGAGUUCAAUGAGAAUGAAGAUUCAGAAAAUGAAUUCGAUAAAUUGAAAAGAAGGUACAAGAGUUACAAUAUUGAUUUAUCAGAUACUGAUGGUGAAGAUAAUGUUGAUAGUGAGAAUGAUGAUGACAGUGAAGACGAUGCUGAUAAGGAAGAUAAUUAUUAUAGUGAUUAUUGAAAUAUGUAUUUAUCAUUCUAUGAAACAACUAUUGUGAUAUUAUUAUUAAAAUUAACCAUGUUUCCUUAAA